UUUUUCUAAGCUUUCGAAGUAGCUCAGUGUUACAUCAUUGUUUUUAUGAGCCUUGUGUAUAUUAUGAGCUGACAGCCUCUUGUGGCUUUCAUAGUUUCCGCAUUUCACUACAUCUUUGUGGGGUUUUGUAAUCCUUAAUCUUUGUGCAUGCAAAGUUAUAGGCAUCGCCAAAGAAAAAAGAUUGCUACAUUUUAAUAUAUUUGAGAAAAGAGAGGUUGUUUAGAAUUAGAGCUAUAACCUAUUCCUUAAAACCUAUCGUCAAGGCCUUUCUUGAAUGUCUUGUGUAGUUUGAGGUCAUGGCUGUUUGGUGUUGGGGUAUUUUUUGUGCUGCAGUUCUCUUCUUUCAUGACUUCUGUGCCUCAGAAAAAGCUCCAAACUACUCCUUCAUGCAGAACGCAGCUUCAGCUCCAUCAGUAUCCUACUACGAUUACAUAAUUGUUGGUGGUGGCACAGCCGGCUGUCCUUUGGCUGCCACUCUUUCUCAAAACUCAUCCGUUUUGUUACUUGAACGUGGUGGCUCACCUUAUGGCAACCCUAACAUCACCGACUUAUCUUCUUUUGGUGCUGCUCUCUCUGAUCUCUCUCCCACCUCUCCCUCCCAGCGUUUCAUUUCGGAAGAUGGCGUUAUUAAUGCCCGCGCACGUGUUUUGGGUGGAGGUUCUUGUCUCAACGCCGGCUUCUACACUCGCGCUCCUCCCGAUUAUGUCAGGGAUGCAGGGUGGGAUGGGCGGUUAGCAAACGAAUCGUACGACUGGGUGGAGAAGAUGGUGGCGUUUAAGCCACCAAUGCGGCAGUGGCAAUCUGCAGUGAGAGAUGGGUUGCUAGAGGUGGGUGUGUUGCCAAACAAUGGCUUCACAUAUGACCAUCUCUAUGGGACAAAGGUUGGGGGAACUAUUUUUGAUCCAAAAGGUCAGAGACAUACUGCUGCUGACUUGUUGGAGUAUGCUAAUCCUGCUGGCCUCACUGUUCUUUUACAUGCCUCUGUGCAUAAGAUCUUGUUUAGACUUAAAGGGAAAGUUAGGCCAUUGGCCCAUGGAGUUGCUUUCAGAGACUCCAAGGGGGCAAAGCACAGAGCAUAUUUGAAGAAUGGACACAAGAAUGAAAUUAUAAUAUCAUCCGGCGCGCUUGGAAGCCCACAACUUCUGAUGUUAAGUGGAGUUGGUCCUGCAGAACAGCUCAAGUUUCACAAUAUCACAGUAGUGUUGGACCAGCCAUUGGUUGGUCAAGGGAUGUCUGAUAACCCCAUGAAUGCAAUAUUUGUGCCCUCCCCUCUUCCGGUCGAGGUUUCCCUUAUUCAGGUCGUCGGCAUCACCCAAUUUGGAAGCUACAUUGAAGCAGCAAGCGGCGAAAACUUUGCCGGUGGCGCGAGUCCACCGAGAGACUAUGGCAUGUUCUCUCCUAAGAUUGGGCAGCUCUCUACGUUGCCUCCCAAGCAGAGGACCCAAAAAGCCAUAAACAAAGCUGUUGAGUACAUGAACCAACUGGAAGACACAGCCUUUAGAGGAGGAUUCAUUCUUGAAAAGAUUAUGGGGCCAAUUUCCACAGGGCAUUUGAAGCUGAGAAACCUCAACCCAAACGAUAACCCAUCAGUCACAUUCAAUUACUUCAAAGAACCCCAAGACUUAAGCAGAUGUGUCCAAGGCAUUCAAAUCAUAGAGAAAAUAAUAGAUUCAAAAGCCUUUUCUAAGUUCAGAUAUAAUUUUAUGUCCUUGCCAACACUGCUAAACAUGACAGCAAGUGCCCCAGUAAAUUUGCUACCUAGACACAGCAAUGUAUCAACAUCCUUAGAGCAAUAUUGCAAGGACACUGUGAUGACAAUAUGGCAUUAUCAUGGAGGGUGUCAAGUUGGUAAGGUUGUUGAUGAAGAUUACAAAGUUCUUGGUGUGGACGCAUUAAGGGUUAUUGAUGGAUCCACGUUUAAAUAUUCUCCUGGGACUAAUCCACAAGCCACUGUCAUGAUGCUUGGAAGGUACAUGGGAGUGAAAAUAUUGAGUAAAAGACUUGCAGAGUGAUUAACACUCACCUUGUUGAUGUGUGUCUUUUCUAUUUCUUAUUAUUAUUAAAUGUGUGUGUGUGAUUGGAUGAAGAUGAAAUGGUCUAAAACAUUUUGAGUUA